UGGGGAAGAUUAUGAACCGGAAAGUCUGAAAGUAAUGAUUACACCGCUUGAUAGAUACUUGAAGAACAAAGGCUAUAAACUGUCCAUUAUUCGUGACAGAGAAUUCAGUUCCUCCAAACAAGUACUGGACGGAAAAGCGAAACAGCUUCGCUUAGCUGGUCGCGGCAAGCGCCCAAACAAAGCUCGACAACUAUCCGAAGAGGAAGAAGAAAUUCUCUGGAAGAGCGAGAAACUCGGUGGUAAAACCCCAGAGUCCUUAAUUCAUACAAUGUGGUGGCUACGUACUCAACAAUUUGGUCUCCGUGGAAGGCAAGAACACCAUGAACGGAGACUGGAGGAUUUCAGAAUCAUGAAAGGUGAUGACGGCCGUGAGUUUGUUGAGUUUGCUGAAGGGCCAACGAAAACCAGACCUGGAGGUUUGAACGCAAAGCCAAGACAGUUUCAGCCCAAAAUGUUUCAGACCGGCGGAGAGAGAUGUCCAGUUGCGUUAUUCCGUCAUUACAUCAACCGUAGGCCUCGCAAUCUCAGGGCGAGUGGUCCAUUUUACCUCUCGAUAAAAUACAACAGCGGACCUAGCGAUGAAACUUGGUACAAAGUCCAGUCCAUGGGAGAAAAUAAAAUCAACUCCAUGAUGAAAAAUAUUAUCUCCCAAACCUCCCUUCAGUCAUCCGAGAAGCGGUUUACCAACCACAAUGCCCGCAAAACGCUCGUUAGCAAGAUGAAGAAAGCAAAUCUCGAGAGGUCGUCUAUUGCAAAAGUCACCGGUCACAGAAAUAUCCAGUCUUUAGAUGACUACGAUGAAGCGAACGCCGUCUUGAAGACGAACAGCGACAGCUUUCGUGGGCCAUUUCAAAGGGAAAUAGUACACCAAAACCCGUGCCGGUGGCGAGUAGUUCAUCUGGUCCUUGUGCUUCAAAUGCAGUAA